AUGUCGGCUGAAUCGAUGGCCUACGAUCCAAAUGAUCCGGAGCUGAAAGAGUCUCUGAGAUAUUUGGUUUUACCAACAGAAGAGAAAUUGAAACUUCGUUCUCAAGCAUUUGAUGCCAAAAAAGCUUGUUGGAUUCCGGAUCCCAAGGAAGUUUACAGUGCUGGUGAAAUCCUUGAAGUUAAAGGCGACCAAACUAUCGUACAAACACCAAAAGGCGAGAAAGUAACAGUGAAAACUGAUCUCAUUCAACAAAUGAAUCCACCUAAAUUUUCAUGUUACGAUGAUAUGGCUGAUUUAACCUAUUUGAAUGAUGCUUCGGUUUUCUCCAACUUACGUGAACGUUACGCACGUUGGCUGAUCUACACAUAUUCGGGACUUUUUUGUGUUGUCAUCAAUCCAUUCAAACGUCUUCCUAUCUAUACAAUGAAGGUAGUUAUGAUGUAUCGUGGUAAAAAACGUACAGAAGUCGCACCACAUUUGUACGCUAUUGCUGACAAUGCCUACUCGAAUAUGCUUCGCGAUCGUGAAAAUCAAUCAAUGUUGAUUACUGGUGAAUCAGGUGCUGGAAAAACAGAAAACACCAAGAAGGUCAUUCAAUAUUUCGCCUUGGUCGCUGCAGCAACUGAGAAGAAGAAGGAAGAAGAAACUGCAGGUAAACAACAAACCCUCGAAGAUCAAAUCGUCGCUGCUAAUCCCGUCUUGGAAGCCUACGGUAAUGCUAAGACCACACGUAACAACAACUCUUCUCGAUUCGGUAAAUUUAUUCGUAUUCAUUUUGGUCCAACCGGUAAAAUUGCUGGUGCCGAUAUUGAAGUAUAUUUACUCGAAAAAUCUCGUGUCAUCUUUCAGCAACCAGCUGAACGUAACUAUCACAUUUUCUAUCAAAUGUGUUCAGCAGCUUUUCCUGAAAUGCAAAAGGACUGCCUACUCGAACCGGACCCAUCGAAAUACUUCUAUGUCGCUCAAGGUAUGCUUACAAUUGACGGUGUUGAUGAUACCGAAGAAAUGAAAUUAACCGACGAAGCUAUGGACGUUCUUGGUUUUACUGCGGAGGAAAAGAAAAACUUAUACAGAUGCACAUCAGCCAUCAUGCAUUGGGGUAAUUCUCAAUGGAAACAACGACCUCGUGAAGAACAAGCCGAGGCCGACGGAACAGAAGAGGUUGAAAAAGUUGCUCAUUUACUUGGUGUUGAAGCAGCUGAUCUCUUGAAAGGUUUACUCAAACCCCGUAUCAAGGUCGGUAACGAAUAUGUCAACAAAGGUCAAAACAAAGAUCAAGUUAUCAACUCAAUUGGUGCUUUAUCGAAAGCUAUCUACUCUCGCAUGUUCAUCUGGUUAGUCGAACGUGUCAACGUAACACUCGAUGUCAAAUCGAAACGACAAUAUUUUAUUGCUGUCCUUGAUAUUGCUGGUUUCGAAAUUUUCGAGUACAAUGGAUUCGAACAAUUGUGUAUUAAUUAUACAAACGAACGUCUCCAACAAUUCUUCAAUCAUCACAUGUUCGUCUUGGAACAAGAAGAAUACAAGAAAGAAGGUAUCAAUUGGGUGUUCGUUGAUUUUGGUAUGGAUUUACAAGCCUGUCUUGAUUUAAUUGAGAAGCCGAUGGGUAUCCUGUCGAUUCUCGAAGAAGAAUGUAUCGUUCCAAAAGCCACAGACAAGACGUUUGUUGAAAAACUCUACGGUCAACACUUGGGUAAACACCCACAAUUCGGCAAGCCCAAGCCAGGUAAAGGCAAAGCUGAAGCGCAUUUUGAUAUUCAUCACUAUGCUGGUACUGUCUCAUACACUGCUACGGGCUGGCUCGAAAAGAACAAAGAUCCCAUCAACAACACUGUAGCUGGACUCUUCGCUAAAUCGAAGAACGUUAUGUUAUGUCAUCUCUUCGCCGAUGUUCUUGAAGAAGAAGGUGGUGGUAAAGGUGGUGGUGGCAAAAAGAAAGGUGGUGGUAGUAUGCAAACCAUUUCAGCUACCCAUCGGGAACAAUUGAACAAAUUGAUGAACACUUUGAAACAAACACAUCCUCAUUUUGUUCGUUGUAUCAUCCCGAACGAAAUCAAGACUGGUGGUAUUCUUGAUGCUCAUUUGGUUAUGCAUCAAUUGACAUGUAACGGUGUAUUAGAAGGCAUUCGUAUUUGUCGUAAAGGCUUUCCUAAUCGUAUGAUCUAUGCAGAAUUCAAACAACGUUACUCAAUUCUUGCACCUAAUGCUAUUCCAAAGGGCUUUGUUGAUGCCAAGAAAGCUUCCGAGGAUAUUCUCAAAGACAUUGCUUUGAACGAAGAAUUGUACCGAUGUGGUAUUACAAAGGUCUUCUUCAAAGCUGGUACUUUGGGUCAAUUAGAAGAUAUGCGUGAUCAAGCUUUAUCGAAGAUCAUUGCCACUUUACAAGGUCAAAUCCGUGGUUAUAUCAUGAAGAAAGAAUACAAGAAGAAAUUGGAACAACGCUUGGCCUUAGCCGUCGUGCAACGCAAUCUUCGCAAAUACUUAUCGUUACGUAACUGGCCAUGGUGGAAACUUUAUACUAAAGUUAAACCAUUGUUGUCGGUUGCUCGUCAAGAAGAGGAGAUGAAGAAACUUGAAGAAGACUUCAAAGCAUUGAAAGAAGCUCUUGAAAAGGAAGAAAAACUACGUAAAGAAAUGGAAGAUGCCAACUCGAAAUUAGUUAAAGAGAAAAAUGAUAUCUACCAACAACUUGAAUCUGAACGAUCUGGCUCAUCCGAAGCUCAAGAACGUUACACACGCUUAGUGACACAAAAAGCUGAUCUCGAACAACAAAUCAAAGAUUUAGAAGAUCGUUUCAGUCAAGAAGAAGAAACCGCCCAAGAAUUAAACAGCAAAAAGAAGAAGCUUGAACACGACAUCGAUGGUUUGAAGAAAGACAUCGAUGACAUGCGUUUAAGCUUACAAAAGUCGGAGAAUGAAUGUAAAACUCGUGAUAAUCAAAUUCAUACCUUACAAGAUGAAAUUGCUCGCCAAGACGAAACCAUUGCCAAAGCUACGCGUGAACGAAAACGUCUCGAAGAACAAAACUCCAAGACAACUGAACAAUUGCAAGCUGAAGAAGACAAAGUCAAUCAUUUGAACAAAUUGAAGACCAAGCUCGAGCAAACCUUAGAUGAAUUAGAAGAUAGUUUAGAACGUGAAAAGAAAGCUCGCGCUGACUUAGACAAAUCUAAACGCAAAUUAGAAACUGACUUGAAGGGUGCACAAAGCAGUCUCGAAGACUUAGAACGAGCUAAACGCGAAUUAGAAGAGAAUCUUAAACGCAAAGAUCAAGAAAUUCAACAAAUGGGUGGACGACUUGAAGACGAACAAGGACAAGCCACAAGUCUCGGAAAGAAGAUCAAAGACUUACAAGCACGUAUUGAAGAAUUAGAAGAAGAAGUUCAAAACGAACGACAAUCACGAACCAAAGUCGAGAAACAACGCGCUGAUCUAGCACGUGAAAUCGAUGAAAUGGGUGAUCGAUUAGAAGAUGCUGGUGGUGCUACAGCUUCACAAGUUGAAAUGAACAAGAAGCGCGAAGGUGAAUUACAAAAACUGCGACGUGAUUUGGAAGAAGCUAAUCUUCAACACGAAGCCACAGCUGCUCAACUCCGUAAGAAACAUCAAGAUGCUGUCACUGAAAUGGGUGAACAAAUUGAUCAAUUACAAAAAUUGAAGAACAAACUCGAAAAAGACAAGCAAGGUGUGAAAUCGGAAUUAGACAAUUUACGCACGCAAGUUGAUCAUGCUCAAAAAGGCAAAACAGCUGCUGAGAAACUUUCCAAACAACUCGAACAGCAAUUGAACGAUCUUCAAAUCAAACUUGAAGAACAAGUUCGACAAGUCACUGAUUUAACACACAGCAAGACGAAGUUAACCAGUGAAAAUUCAGAUUUAACUCGUCAAAUUGAAGAUUUCGAACAUCAAAUUGCUGCAUUGAGUAAACAAAAGACUUCUCUUCAACAACAACUUGAUGAAACUAAACGAACCAUUGAUGACGAAUUACGCGGCAAAGGUUCAGUUAAUGAAACCAUUGCCAAAGCUACGCGUGAACGAAAACGUCUCGAAGAACAAAACUCCAAGACAACUGAACAAUUGCAAGCUGAAGAAGACAAAGUCAAUCAUUUGAACAAAUUGAAGACCAAGCUCGAGCAAACCUUAGAUGAAUUAGAAGAUAGUUUAGAACGUGAAAAGAAAGCUCGUGCUGACUUAGACAAAUCUAAACGCAAAUUAGAAACAGACUUGAAGGGUGCACAAAGCAGUCUCGAAGACUUAGAACGAGUUAAACGCGAAUUAGAAGAGAAUCUUAAACGCAAAGAUCAAGAAAUUCAACAAAUGGGUGGACGACUUGAAGACGAACAAGGACAAGCCACAAGUCUUGGAAAGAAGAUCAAAGACUUACAAGCACGUAUUGAAGAAUUAGAAGAAGAAGUUCAAAACGAACGACAAUCACGAACCAAAGUCGAGAAACAACGCGCUGAUCUAGCACGCGAAAUUGAUGAAAUGGGUGAUCGUUUGGAAGAUGCUGGUGGUGCCACAGCUUCACAAGUUGAAAUGAACAAGAAGCGCGAAGGUGAAUUACAAAAACUUCGACGUGAUUUGGAAGAAGCUAAUCUUCAACAUGAAGCCACAGCUGCUCAACUCCGUAAGAAACACCAAGAUGCUGUUACUGAAAUGGGUGAACAAAUUGAUCAAUUACAAAAAUUGAAGAACAAACUCGAAAAAGACAAGCAAGGUGUGAAAUCGGAAUUAGACAACUUACGCACACAAGUUGAUCAUGCUCAAAAAGGCAAAGCAGCUGCUGAAAAACUUUCCAAACAACUCGAACAACAAUUGAAUGAUCUUCAAAUCAAACUUGAAGAACAAGUUCGACAAGUCACUGAUUUAACUCAUAGCAAGACGAAGUUAACCAGUGAAAAUUCAGAUUUAACUCGUCAAAUCGAAGAUUUCGAACAUCAAAUUGCUGCAUUGAGUAAACAAAAGACUUCUCUUCAACAACAACUUGAUGAAACUAAACGAACCAUUGAUGACGAAUUACGCGGCAAAGGUUCAGUUACAUCACAAAUCCGUAACUUGACAGCUGAUCUCGACCAAGCUCGUGAACAACUCGACGAAGAACAAGAAGCAAGAAGUGAACUUCAAAAACAAGUUUCGAAACUUCAAGCUGAAAUCCAACAAUGGCGAUCUCGUUAUGAAUCUGAAGGUAUGUCUCGUGGCGAAGAACUUGAAGAAGCCAAACGUAAAUUAGCUGCUAAAUUGACCGAAGCUGAAGAACAAGUCGAAGCUGCAUUGAACAAAUGCAAUGCUUUGGAAAAAGUCAAAGCUCGUUUACAAGGCGAAGUCGAAGAUCUCAUGGUUGAUGUCGAACGUGCCAAUGCCAAUGCUUCGGCUAUGGACAAAAAACAGAAACAAUUUGAUAAAUUGAUCAAUGAAUGGCGUCAAAAAUGCGAAGACAUCACUGUCGAACUUGAAGCCUCCCAAAAGGAAGCACGAAACUUUUCAACAGAAUUGUUCAAACUCAAACAACAAUACGAAGAAUCACACGAACAAAUCGAUGCUCUCCGCAAGGAAAACAAGAACUUAGCCGAUGAAAUCAAAGAUCUUAUUGAUCAAUUAGGCGAAGGUGGCAAGAGCGUUCACGAAUUAGAAAAGGCUCGCAAACGUGCUGAAUUAGAAAAAGAAGAAUUACAAACUGCUUUGGAAGAUGCCGAAGCUGCACUUGAACAAGAAGAAGCGAAAGUUCUCCGUGCACAAAUGGAAUUGAGCACUGUUCGUCAAGAAAUCGAUCGACGAAUUCACGAGAAAGAAGAAGAAUUCGAAAACACUCGCCGCAAUCACCAACGUGCUCUUGAAUCGAUGCAAGCCAGUUUGGAAGCUGAAGCACGAUCAAAAGCUGAAACACUCAAACAGAAAAAGAAACUUGAAUCCGACAUCAAUGAACUCGAAGUUGCACUCGACCAUGCUAAUCGUACCAAUGCUGAUUUACAAAAAUCAUUGAAACGUAUUCAACAAAACAUCACUGAAUUACAAGUUCAAGUUGAAGAAGAACAACGACAACGUGACGAAGCACGUGAAGUUGCCAUGGCAGCUGAACGUCGUGCCAAUGUCAUCACCGGCGAAUUAGAAGAAUUACGUACAGCUUUGGAACAAGCUGAACGUGCUCGUAAAGCAGCUGAAAAUGAACUUCACGAUGCAGCUGAUCGUAUCAGUGAUGUUAGCACUCAAAACGCUAACUUAUCAUCACAGAAACGACAACUUGAAUCAACCAUUGCAGCUAUGCAAGCUGAUUUGGAUGAAGCUGUCAGUGAACUCAAGAACAGUGAAGAACGCAGCAAGAAAGCCACUGCUGACGCAUCACGUCUCGUUGAAGAAUUACGUCAAGAACAAGAUCAUGCUUUACAAGUCGAACGAUUACGUAAAGGUCUCGAACAACAAGUUAAAGAUCUUCAAACACGUUUGGAUGAAGCUGAAGGCAGUUCACUUAAAGGUGGCAAACGUGUCAUUGCUAAACUUGAACAACGCAUUCAUGAAUUAGAAAGCGAAAACGAAUUAGAGCAACAUCGUCACCAAGAAACACUCAAAGAAUUACGUAAAAAUGAUCGCCGCUUGAAAGAAUUAGCCUUUCAAACUGAAGAAGAUCGUAAGAAUCAACAACGCUUACAAGAUCUCUCAGAAAAAUUACAAGCCAAACUCAAAGUCUACAAACGUCAAGUCGAAGAAGCCGAGGAAAUUGCUGCACUCAACUUGGCUAAAUUUCGUAAAGUUCAACAAGAACUUGAAGAAUCAGCUGAACGUGCUGAUUUAGCUGAAAGUCAACUUACAAAAUUGCGUACAAAGAAUCGAUCAUCUGUCAGCGUUGGCCGAGCAUCAAGUCACGACAUUCAAGAAACAUCAACAUCAAUUCGAGCAACAUCAACACUUCGCGCUAGUUCAGUUCGUCAACGUUAA